AUGCUCACUCUGCUUUUGGCGUACCUAUUUUUCAUUCCUUUCUUCUUCUAUACUAUCGUGGCUAAUAUAUCUUACUGGCUUCGCAUCAGGCAGAAAAGAAAGUUGGGUGUGAAUAAAAACGCAAAUGAAGUUGUUAUAGUGGUCUUAGGGGAUCUAGGCCAUUCGCCCAGAAUUACAUAUCAUGCUAAAAGCUUUAUCAAGCUUGGCUACGUUGUUAACAUAUGCGGAUAUGUGGAAAGCCAGGUACCUUAUUUUCUCUACGACGAAAAUGUUUCUAUUAACGAAAUCAAGGUUAUUAAGAACACACAUAGACUUCCGUAUAUCGUGUUUGCGGCAAAUAAAGUGGUCCAACAGGUGUUUGAACUAUUCAAAGUGCUUUCAGGUGUAAUUGACGAUAAUACCAGAUAUGUCCUAAUUCAAAACCCUCCAAGCUUGCCCGUUCUCGCCGUGCUGGCAUUUCUAAAGAUGACAAUAUGUCCCAAUGUUAAGAUUAUAAUUGAUUGGCAUAACUUGAAUUUCACAAUUUUGAACCUAAGAUUCCAUAACUUGAAGCAUCCGAUUGUGAGAUUGAUGAAAAAUUACGAGAGGAUUCUCAGUAAGAAGUACGCUGACCUCAACUUCACUGUCACCGAGGCUAUGAGAGAUUACCUUAUCAAGGAAUUCCAUCUUGAUUCUAACAAGGUUAUUACCGUUUAUGACAGACCAAGCAAUAAAUUUGAACCGUUAAUGGACGAGGAGGAGUUUGACGAAAUCAUAGCCAGCAACCCAGCAAUAUUUGAGGAUUUUGCUUAUAACAAAGAAACGGAUAAGAUCUUGAUCACAUCAACUUCCUUCUCGGCCGAUGAAGACUUUUCUAUUCUUGUUGAGGCCCUAAAGAAAUUGGACGACACAUUAGGGGAUAUGAAGGGAUCUUUUAGGAUCCUUAUGAUUGUCACCGGUAAAGGUCCGUUGAAGCUAGACUUUUUAAAAGAGGUGAAAGAGUUCAAUUGGAAGAGAGUCAGAGUUACCGAUGUGUGGUUAACCGAUGAUGAGUAUCCUAAGAUUCUCAGGAUAGCCGACUUAGGAAUAUCGCUACAUUAUUCAAGUUCUGGCCUUGAUCUACCUAUGAAAAUAGUCGAUCUCUUUGGAUCUGGAGUGCCCGUCGUCUCAAUGGGUUAUCAUGUCAUAUCAGAGUUAGUCACGGAGGGAAAGAACGGUCUGUUACUCAAGGAUAACCACAGUGGCCAAGAGUUGGCAGAUACGAUAUAUCAUGCAUUAUAUGAAGACAAACAUUUACUUGGUACACUUAGAUCUGGUGCUAGAAAAGAAAGUGAACGUGGUUGGGAUGAUGAAUGGGAUGAAAAGUUAGCCAAUCUGCUCAAAUUAUAA